AUUUUUAGUUUGCUGAUAUCAUUCAAUGGAGGUGAAAAUUAAAAGUAGUUGGGUCUUCUCAACAAUACUCCUCUUUUGGGAGCUUAUUUUUGCUGAACAAACAAGAGAUCAAUCCCAAGAUGAAGGGGGACUUAUGGAGCUCAUAAAACUAGAACAACAAUUCAUAAUGAACCUGAAAGCUUACACUGAAAAACUGAAUGAAAAAGUUACCAACUUGCAGGCAUUUAUCGAAUCAAUUGAUUAUGGAGUUAAUCAAAGCCUAGAGGAACGUGAGAAGUACCUCAGCAAUCCACUAAAUGCAUUUUCACUAAUACGAAGGACCCAUCAGGAUUUACCCAAAUGGCAUAAUUACACGCAACAGUUUGUAGGAAUGGAGGAGUUAUAUGCCUUAGAUGAAAUAAUAGCGCAGUCCCCGGACGAAAAUGAAAUGAAAGAUGCUUUGCAAGGAAUGAAUCGAUUGGAACAAAUUUACAAUCUGGAAGCCAUAGAAUUGGCAAAAGGCCGUCUACUGGACAAGAAACACAAUAUUCAACUUUCCAUACGUGACUGUGUGGCCUUGGGUGAUGAUAAAUUUAAAAGAAAAGAUUAUUCAAAAGCAUCCAUGUGGUUUCGGGCGGCCAUCAAACAUGAACCUGAAAUCCAUUCCAAUUUAAUUAAUGAAGUGCUUGGCGAUCCCCUGGAUAAAUUACAUUUGAAGUAUGCGAAGGCGACUCUAGUUUAUGCCAUAAUAAAAUCAAAUCCAAGGCAAGGUAUAAAAAAAGCUGAGGAGAUGGCAGAUGGAGCCAUUGCAAGUGCCAGUCUUCCGGAUUUAAAGUCUUUAAUAACAGAAUUGCUAAGCCAAAGCGAUCAGGCAAUAAUUAGUGAUAUGGCUCAAAAUAAGACUGUCCCUACGGAUUAUGAAUUGGGAUGUCGAGGAUUGUUUCCUUUGAAAAAUAAACUAUUCUGCCAAUACAAUUUCCAUACAACCCCGUUUUUGAAGAUAGCCCCUUUGAAACAGGAAAUAUUAAGCUUGGAUCCAUUUAUUUCUAUGUUUCAUGAAGUGCUUUACGAAUAUGAGUUACAUGGUCUCAAGGAGGACUUGAAAAACCCAAUCAAAUCUAAAAAAUAUAAGAAAAAUAUUACAAAUAGAUUUUCUCAACGCCUGACUGAUAUAACAGGCUUACAUUUUUCCAAAAGAGAUCAAAUAAAUAUAGACAAUUAUGGGCUUGAAAAUCAAGCUGAAGUUCAUUACAACUAUAAAGAUAUAGGAGGACCAGUAGGAGCCAUUCUAUUUUUCAUCAGUGAUGAUGUUCAGGGUGGUGCCACUGUAUUUCCAAAGUUAAAAGUUUCCGUUUUUCCCAAAAAAGGAAGCUGUUUGGUGUGGUAUAAUAUAAAGGACGACGGGAGGUUAGAUCCUCGUACUACUCAUUCUAUUUGUCCUGUUCUUGAAGGAAACUCUUUAGUUUUAACCAAGACGUUUUUCAUGGCAACACAGAUGACUAGCCAAACCUGCCUUUUGAAUGAUUUUGCUCAAAACAAGAUUUUUUAUUUAUAAAUAUUUACAAAUCUUUUAAAUCAAUCCUUUAUUUUUUUUUUCGAUGGUAUCUAAAAUUCGAAUAAAUUCACUUAAAAAUAAGCCAUUUAGAUUGAUAAUCAAUUUUAUAGCAUACUAGCAUAUCUAAUGCAUUAGAUUGCAAUAAAACAAAGCUAUUUCUGUUUGUUUAA